AUGUCUGACGAUGUUCCAGAACAAUUCGUUGAAUUCUACUACAAGACCUUCGAUGGCGAUCGCGCACAGCUGGCUGCUCUCUACAGAAAUAACUCCAUGCUCACAUUCGAGAAAGACCCGUUCCAAGGCACUCAGAGUAUCCUGGAGAAGUUGACGAAUUUGCCAUUUGCAAAGGUCCAACAUCGGGUCGAUACCACGGACGCACAACCGUCGAAUGAGACUGGAGGGAUCUUGGUCAUGGUCACCGGCGCCUUGAUGGUCGACGAUCAGCCACAACCCAUGAGUUACGUCCAAGUCUUCAACCUGCUACCUGACGCUGGAAGUUACUACGUGCAGAACGACGUUUUCCGAUUGGUGUAUGCCGCAGGUUGA